AUGGGAAGCAUGUUCGUGACUAUGAUUGAAGAAUUCUAUGAAGGAACUGACAUCAAGACACUGACCAUUCGGGAUGUCGAACAAGGAGAAAAACUGCAGAAUUGGACCGCCAGUCCGUCUUUGCUAGAAGGUCAGAAAAAGCCCAACCUUGAAGAAACAGAAGUGGUCAAUCUCAAAAACCAGGAAGAUGUGAAAGAAACGCGAAUCAGUAUCCAUCUAGAAGCAGAGCAGAAGGAAGAAUUGGUCGAGCUCCUUCGACAAUACAUUGAUGUGUUCGCAUGGUCAUAUGAUGACAUACCGGGAUUAAGUACUGAUAUUGUCUCGCAUCAACUGCCUACCGAUCCCGCCAGAUCACCAGUCAAGCAAAAGCCCAGAAAAUUUAAGCCCGACCUGAGUUUGAGGAUACAGGAAGAAGUAACCAAAGAAGAUAUUGCAGAGUCAUAUCCUGGAUGGAGAAUGUUUUUCGAUGGAGCAUCGAACUUCAAGGGAGUAGGAAUUGGGGCAAUCCUAAUUUCGGAAUCUGGACAGCACUAUCCAACAUCAGCAAGGAUAAGAUUCCCCUGUAUCAAUAAUAUGGCUAAAUACGAAGCAUGCAUCAUUGGGAUCAAAAUCGCAAUUGACAUGAACAUCAAAGAACUUUUGGUCAUAGGUGAUUCUGAUAUGUUGAUACACCAAGUCCAAGGGGAGUGGUCUACCAAAAAUGUCAAGAUCCUUUCGUAUCUGCAUUGUGUAAAAGAGUUAUGCAAGAAAUUCAUGAAGAUUAAGUUCAAGCACGUUCCCAGGAUCCAAAAUGAGUUCGUCGAUGCCCUUGCAACUCUAUCGUCCAUGAUUCAGCAUCCAGACAAGAACUACAUCGACCCUAUCGAGGUAGAGAUUAGGGAUCAACAUGCCUAUUGCUUUCAUUUAGACGAAUAA